AUGAGGCUAUUGCAAGCGUUCCUUGUAGUUGGGCUCACCCUUCGGGGAUCACUAACUGUUCAAGCUGCAACCACGUUCGCUCUCCCAAAUACCUCGGCGACGUUUCAAACUGCCCAGCCAACACUCACGCUCGCUACAUGGGAUGCGACAGAUACCUUUGCAACCGCCACCGAUUCUCAGACGACGACAGCUACUGCGUCUAACUUCUCGGAGCAGGAUCCAAUCCUCGACUCCCGCCGAACAGUGAAUAUGCUGGCUGGUGCGCCACACCUUCUCCUUGUUGUUUUACUUAGUUUCGGUCGUGCAGACAUCAAGGGCAUUUACAGCCUCCCUCAACAGGGUGAAGUUGUACAAAAUAAGACUUUGAAUGUUACCGACAUCCAAGGCGACAUACUUAUAGGCAUGAAGAAAAAGCUAGAACUAUUCUACUUUUUCAGUAUCAACGAACCGAAGGCGUUUAAGAAGAAACUUCAUACCUACGUCGUGCCUCGCAUCACCAGUACCUUUCAACUGCUCAGCACUUCCACUCAGCCUAUCGUGUGUCUCAACCUUGCAUUCACGCGUACUGGACUCGUCAGCCUCGGCAUCACCGCCAACCUUGGUGACACCCCAUUCAACAGAGGCCAGUUUGCUGACGCUUCAAAUCUGGGAGAUGUACUCAGCAAUUGGAUAUCAGCUUUUGCUGGCACGAAAGUUCACGGCGUAUUUCUGAUUGCAUCUGACUCGUCAUCCAAUCUUGUUGCGAUGGUCAAAUGGCUCGAGACCCUAUUUGGGACCGACAUGACAAAGCUAUAUACCCUCCAAGGCAACAUUAGACCACCUCCUAAUGAUGGUCACGAAAUGUUCGGGUUCCUUGAUGGAAUCGGUCAGCCCGCAGUUGCUGGUUUCAACCUCGUUCCGGCCCCAGGACAGCAAGUUGUGUCACCUGGUGUCAUUCUGACUGGCGAACCUGGCGAUUCUCGGCUUGGUUCGCGACCGAAAUGGGCUAAAGACGGUUCUUUCCUCGUUUUCCGUCAACUCAAACAGCUUGUACCCGAAUUCAACAAGUUUUUGCUUGAUAAUGCCCCUCCUGCACCCACGGCUUCGCCUUCAAUGACCCUUGCUGAACGUGCCGAACUUCUUGGUGCACGAAUCGUCGGUCGCUGGAAGAGUGGUGCUCCUGUCGACUUGACCCCUCUUGUUGACAACCCUACGAUGGGAGCGAAUCCACUCAUAAAUAACAAGUUUGACUUCUCUCACACUGGAUUCAAUAUCAACACGGAUCAGACCCAUUGCCCAUUUGCGGCGCACAUCAGGAAAACUCGCCCACGCGCUGAUCUCAGCACCCCGUUGAAUGCUAUUAUGCGAGCUGGCAUCCCCUACGGCCCAGAAUUGAGCCGGGCAGAGGCUUUCAGUAACCAAUCAAGCGUCCUUUCAUCAAGUGAAAGAGGCCUCGCCUUCGUGUCCUACCAAUCCAAUAUCGACUUGGGGUUCCAGUUUAUCCAAACACAGUGGGCAAAUGCAAUCAAUUUUGCUCCUGGAAAGAAUCCCGUGCCUGGUUUUGACCUGAUUUUUGGUCAAAAUGCGGGCGCAACUCGUUGGAUGUCAGGAGCAGAUAUUGAUAACCCGACCUGGAAGCUCAAGAUGCUCUUCGACCAUGUGAUAUCUCGUGGCGGAGAGUAUUUCUUCAGUCCGAGUAUAUCUGCCAUUCGCGACGUAAUCUCAGUAUAG